AUGCCUUCAAGCCGACAGACCGAAUCCUGCUACCAGUCCGGCAGCCACAGGAGCUCCGGACGAAGCUCGUACAGCUCACCGCCGUCUCGACCAAUGUACGCCUCAUCCGGAAGGCCGCAGCUGUGGCAAUGUUGCAAAUGCUCUGGCGGAUGGUACAACUACGACAUCAACGCUUCUUGCCCAAUGUGCCACGCCUGGCGCUGCGACAACUGCCGCUACUCCAUGUCAUAG